AUGUUUAGAAUUGAAUCAUAUAUAACGUCAAUUAUACUAAGUUAUGUUGAAAAAUAUGUAAAGAAUUUAAGACGUCAAGAUGCUCAAGUAUUAAAAUUAUACGAAUUAUUAUAAUUAUAUGAAUUAUUAAUUAAGAAUGGUUAAUGUAAUAACUUUUUGAAAUAUGUAAUAUACUUUUAGGUGUCAUUAUGGGACGGAGAAGGUUUAUUUCAAAAUCUUGAGUUAGAUUUAGAUGUUUUAGAAAAAGAAUUAAAUUUACCAUUUAUUGUAUUGAGUGGUCAUAUAAAUCAAUUACGAAUUCGAGUUCCAUGGACAAAACUCGGAUCAGAAGCUGUUAAAAUUACAAUUGACACAAUAGGUACGAAUUGUUUUAUUUAAAUGUCUACCUUACGGAAUAUAACCAAACUAAUUUUUUUUUAAAUCCAUGACUAAUUCAUAAAUUUAAUUUUACCAUUGUUGAUAUGUUGUAUAUUGUGUAUGUAUUUAGAAUGUGUUUUAAAAUUAAAGACUCCUCAACAGAAGAAAGCAAAAAAGAAUGAUAAAAGGCAAGUUGGCUUUUACUUGUUAAUUUUUAUUAUAGCUUUAAUAAUAUAAAUUAUGAUCAAUUUUAAUGAUUGUUUAAAAUUAAACUUUAUUGUGCUAAUUAUCUUGUAUAGAAUAAUAAAUCAUAAUAUUAUAAUAUAAGUAAAUUUAAUCAAAUUAAAUAGUUAAGAUAAUAUUUAAACUUAUAAGUAUAGGUACUUGGUUGAAGAAUAUAUUUGUUUUCAAGCUCAAUCUACUUAGGUAGUUAUUUCAGGGUAACAUUAACAAUCUAAAAAUAAUUUACUUGUUAACAUCCAUUAACAUACAUUUUUAUAAUAAUAUUUUAUUUCACAGUAGAUAGUUUUUUGAAUACUUUAAAAUUAGUUGUUUAGAUUAUGCUAGAGUAUUUACACAGUGUUUUCUUUUUCAUAUAGUCAUUACAGUUUUGUUUAUCUACUUUUUUUUUUUUACAUCGUUAUUUAUGAUUAAUUAAAAAAAAUGGAUUUAUUUACAAAUAAAGCUGCUAAAUAUAGAAGACAAUAUUAAUACUUCUUGAAUUUUUUAAACUUUGCGAUAUUUAAUUCAAAAAUAAUAAUUAUAACAAUUUAAUUAUACCUAAAUAAAUUUUUUUUUAAUUAGCGCGUUUACUGAGUUCCGAUACCAACAGGCAUCAUUAGGGACGCAUCGAAUGCUAUUUGGAUUCAUGAAUUUGAAGUUUAUGGUUCAUUAUUUUGUGUGCAAGGCUAAAAGCUAUUUAAUUGUUAGUUAGUGUGAUUAAAUAGCCAUUUCAUAAUAUGUAUUCUUAUAUCAUUCACAAGUACUGAGACUGUGUUUUUCCUUUUAUCUAAUAUAUAUGAACACACUGAAAAAAGAAACAUAAAAAUUCGUAUGAGUGUACAUUUAAACUUAACUGUACAAAGUUAUAAUUUUUAUUAUUAAUGUGAGUUGACAAAGAAUCAUGGAUUAUACAUUUAUUUUAUGUCAUUUUUGUUGGUUAAGCAGUCACCAGUUGUUUUUACUUUUUUACUAUUGAGUCAAUGUGUUGACCAGUGUUGAAAUCAGUAAAAAUAUACACCCAAUUAUAUACAAAGAAUAAUAAAUUAUUUAACUGAUUUUGUUGUUUGGUUUAGUGUUGAAAUAAAAUUGUGCAUAGAGUACAGCAGAAAUGAGAAUACUUAGAUGGAUGGUUGGAGUAACGAGAGAAGAUAUGAUGAGCAUUAUGACAGUACAUAAGAGAUAGCUUAUGUAUGUUUUCAAUAGCAAACAAAAUGAGAAAAAUAAACUGAUAUGGUUUGGGCAUGUUAUAGGUAGAGAAAAAUCUGAAGCAGUAAGAAUUGUAAUGAAAAUAACUAUAAUGGGAAAGAGGGGUAGAAGAAAACUAAAUAAAAGAUAGUUGAAUACAAUUGAGAACGAUAUGGAUGGAUGUGAGGUGGAAGAUUGGGUCUAGUGAAAAUUUAGACAAAAAGUGGCCGAUCCUUUAUAUAUAUAGUUUAGAUGAAGGCAAAGGAGAGAAGAAAAAAAAUAAAAAAUAAAUAAUUUACAGUUACAGGACAAGUACUGAUUAUGACGAGUUACCGCCUCCAUCAUAUGUCCAGAGUUUAAUCAAUAAAAUUAUUGGGAAUCUAUCAGUAACAUGCAAUAAUAUUAUAUUAAAAUAUAUUGAAGAUGAUAUUGUACUUUCUAUGAAUAUAAAAUCAAUCACAUUAGAUUCAUGUAAUGAAAACUGGAUACCUGAUAUUAUUGGUUAGUAUAAUUUGUAGCUCAAUUAUUCCAGUAGUUUGUAAAAAAAUUCAAUCUGGUUGAAUUUUUCUUAUCAUGUAUAUCUAAAGUAAAAACAAAAAACAAAAAAAUAUUAUCAUUUGAUUUACAAGUGCAUGUCUAAUAAUAAUAAAUAUAUUUAAUACAUUAAAAGAAAUUUAAUAAAUUUAACUAAAUUUAAAAAAAAAUUGAUGCUUUAAUAAGAGUAUUAAAAUACUUGUUUAUUUUUUUUUAGAGUUAACACCAUCUCAAUUGAUUUUAAGAAAAAUUAUAUAUUUUUCUGAUGUGACGAUUUGCUUGGACAGAAGAAAUUCUUCAGGAUGCAUUGAAACCUAUUUGGAACCAUUAUUAUACAAAUGUUCAUUAUCCAUUCGUUUAUGUCGCAAAUUUCGAUCUCCUCAUUCUGCUCGACCAUAUGUGACCCAAAUGGAUAUGUUCUGUUCAAAAAUCCCUUUCAUUCUCACUGAACCUCAGCUACCAAUGUUUUUGAGGUUGUUAACUAUGAUAUUAGAACUUAAUCCAACUGAUCCCCCUGAAAUAAAUAACCCUAUUGAUGAAGAACACAACAGAAGCUCCAGUAGCUGUAGUUCAAGUAAAUCAAGUUUAUUUUUUAAUUCUUUUCCUUUUUCUUCAUCCAAACUAUUUGGGGUCAGCCACUCUUGUUCUUAAAAACUUGUUCCUGUAAACUUUCACUUGACACAAUCUCCCAUUUCACAUACACCAGCUGUCCUCAUAUUAUUUUCAAUCAUAUUUAACUAGCUUUUUUGUGGUCUUCCUCUCCCCCUAUUUUCUCCUAUGUCCAUUUUCAUUACAAUUCUUACUGCUUCUAAUUCUUCUCUCCUCAUGACAUUUCCAAAACAUCUUAGUAUAUUUUAUAUUAUUUUGUCCACUAUCGAAGCCAAACCUAAGCUACCUCUUAUGUACUUAUUCAUUAUACUAUAUUCUCUUGUUACUACAUUCAUCCACUAGGGCAGCAUUUUCCGAACUUUAAGUUCUUGCAUCCCUAAAUGUAAAAAAAAAAUCAUCUUGCCUUCAAUAAAUAAAUAAAUUACAAAUUUGUUUUAUUUAAAUAUUCGAAUAUUCGAAUAUAAAAACAAUGACUAUUAAUCUUAAUGCGAACAAUGUGGUUGUUUUUCAUUUAACAAGUUGACCACCAUAAGCACCUUAUUUGGUACUCACAUGGUUUAUACCCUAGUCAUUCAUAUUUUAUAUUCUGAGUGAAGUAAGAAAUUUAUUGGUUUAAAAAUAAUGUUUUUUUUUCUUAUCUAUAGACAAUUUUUCUACCAGAAAUUUUGAUCCGAUUUUCAAGUGUAGCACUUUUUUUGAAAAAAAUGUAAUUGGGUUUGUACUUUAGAGAAGUAAUUUUUUAUUUCCCUGAGAAUUUUCAUAACAAAUAGGAAAAUACACGUAUACAUGUAAAACUUUGUUGGCAACUUAAGGGUAUUCAUUUUUCCAAAAUUCAAAAAGUGACAAUGAAGAAAAUUGUAUGUGUAACAAAGAAUCAGAUGAAAUAUCAAUUAAUAGGGCUUGGAUUUUAAAGCAUGAUAAAUAAUAAAAUUGUUUUAAAAGAGCGAAAAUGUAGCAUAUUUAUUUUUAAAAAAAGUAAAAAAAGCAUAACCAAAAAUUAACAUGAAUUAGUUAUAAAACUAAAUAAAAAAAUAAAUUUAAAUUUAAAAAAAAUUAACUAUUAUGUAUUUUGCAAAAUUUGCAGUAGUGAAACUGAUAUUGUUUGACAGAUUAUUUUUUUACAUAGAAAACGAACUCUACAUCCACUAAAGUGAUUGGUGCAUACUUCAUGCAAGUGGUUUCAUUUAAAUCAAACCCAUGAUAAUUAAUUUUGUUUGAUGAAACAUCACACAGUAUAUUAUUAAUGUCUAGUAAUUGUUUGCAGCCUUUGUUUUUCAAAAGAACACAAUUUAGUUUACCCUAAAUUACAGAUGUAAUAUUUCCUUUAGCUCCAUUUAACAUUUCUGCAUCUAAGAUAAUAUUUAUACAUUUUGUCAACAAUUUGUCUAAAAUCAUACAUAUAAUUUAGUAAUAUGAUAUUAAAUUGUUUUAAUAUUUUGCUAAAAGUUACCUUUUUCCUCUAAUGUUGUUAAUAAUAUUUGGUAGAAAUCCAAAGUUUGUUGAAAUACACAAUUUUAUUGAAGAGAUACAUUUUGAAAUAGUUGUUUCACUAUAUUAACACAUUGAGAUUCUUCUUUAAAGUCUUCAAUUACGCUUUUUAAUUCAUUAAAAUAUUUGAAAUAAUAUAGGACAGCUUUGAUCCAUGUACCAUAUCUGGUUGUUAUUGAUCUUGGUGGAUUUGGCAACUCUGGGCAUUUUUCAUUAAAGAUUGCUGUACGUUUGGGGCAUUUUAAAAAUGAUUUUUUCAUUCCUCUAAUUAACUAAUUUACAUCUUGGUAGUGUGUUCGCAAACAUUGUGUAAUGCAUGUGCCAAGCAAGUCACAUGUAUAAGUUUUGAAUAAAACGCUUUUAUACAAUCACCAGCUUUUUCAUAUAAUAUUUCACAAAAUUACUUUUAAGUUUCAUUAGAUGAUUAUAAAUUAUUGUUAAUGAAUUUAUUGGUAAUUCAAGAAAAUAUUUUAAAAGUGGAAAGUUGUUUUCCUUUUUUAUUUGUCAUAUGUAGAUUUUUUUAAUGAAAGCAUCAACUUUAUCAUAUCAUAGACUAUUAGUUUCUUUACCUGUAAAGAUGUGUUGAACAAAUUAAGUUUUUCAAAAGUGUUACAUAAAUAAAUUUGAUUACAAAAUCAUGUUCCAACGAAAUUAUUGUUGAUCUUAAAAUAUAAAUAUUUUCCUCACACUUCCCCGUUAAGUACUUGCACCUUCAAAGGAAGGUGCACCUCACAAUUUGGGAAUCGCUACACUAGGGCAUUCUCAUAUCUGCUACACCCAUUCUCUGUUCUAUUUUCAUAUCUACCGCCCAAAGCUUUGAACCAUACAACAUAAUCAAUCUUAUCACACCCUUAUAGAACUUACCUUUAAGUUUCAUUGGAAUUCUCUUGUCACAUAAAACACCUGAAGCUUCUCCACUUUAUCCAACCAUACUUAAUCCUAUGUUUUAUAUCUAAGUCAAAGCCACUGUGAUUUUUUGUACAAAGGAUCCUAGGUACUUAAAAUUCUCAACCUCAUCAUUACGUCACCACUUUAAUAAAAUUAAAUAAAUUAACACUGAAGUUAGAAUAAAUUAAAAACAUUAAUUAAAACUUCAACAGUUUAAAUUUUAAAUUUAAUUUAUCUUUUAAUUUGAAUAUUUAGUUUCAGAAUCAAAUACAGUUAAUAAUGAUGGUUGGGUUAAUUGGAUGUGGAGUUGGGUACCAAGUGUUAAUUUGACUAGUGAAAUUAAUGAAAUUCCUCUUAGUCCUGAAACAGCUAUUAGUGGUCACACCUUAAAUACAGGGAUAUAUAUUGAUACACUUCUGUUUAUUCUUAAAGUAAGAAUAAUCAAUAAAAACUAAAUUUUCUUUAUUUUGUGUAUAAUUAUAUUAAUUUAUAUGUUUGGAAUUUCAUCACUAAAUGUUUUAGAUUAAGUCUACCAAAAAAUUAAAUGAUUAUAGGCCAUUAUUACAAAUUACUUUAAAUGGCACUGUACUUGAAAUAGUAUCUCAUCCAUCAGAUUGGAUAAAUGUACAAUUUGGUAUAAGUAAAGCUAGUAUUGAUUCUCUGGGAGAUUGUACUUGUGGUGCUCAGGACUGUUAUACGGUUUGUUUAAAAUAAUACAAUUGUUUUCGUAUUGUUAAUCAAUUAAAUAAUAUUUGUAAACAACAUAAAAUAUUAUAAUUAAUAUAUUUUUUUUUAGAAUACUUAUUUUUCAUCAGGCGGAUUGCAAAAUACUUAUCUAUUAAAAUCAUUAUUUCAUGAAAAUAUAAAUAUUAAUGAUCUUAAUGAUAAUAUAUUAUUUUCAUUUGAUCAUCACUUAAGUAAAUUUAGUGGUAAGAUAAUACUUUUAUUAAUUCUAUUUAUUAUGAAUUAUAAUCUGUCCUAUUUAUAAACUAAACAUUACUAAACAUUACUGAAAUUUGUUCUGAUAAUUAAAAAAAAAACUUGUUUACCAACAUGUUCAUUAUAUUAGAUUCUGAGUGGAGUAAGGAAUAUAUUGGUUUUACAAUGAAUUUUUUUCUUAUUUGUAAAUAAGUUUUCUACCAGCAAUUUUGUUCCGAUUUUCAAUUAUAAUAUUUUGUAAAAGGAAAUCUGACUGGGGUGAUACUUUAGGGAGGCAAUUUUUUGAUUUUCCUGCUGUUUUCAUAAUAAAUGCAAAAACCAUAAAAAUAAAUAGGAAAAUAGGUACUAUAUUAAACAAAUAUUAUCAAAGAAAAUAUAUAAUGCAUAUGUAAUUACUUUACCAUAAUAUGACAUAUUUAUUGUUGACAAAGCAAUACUAUUAACUGAACUCUGUCCAAAAUUGUAUUUUGUUAGCAAUAGUUAAUCAUGUUGCAUACAGAUAUAAAUUAAAUUUCAUCUCCCAACUUCUCACCUAGAACAGUGACCCACUUAUUGUGCAAAGUAUGUCCAUAUCUUUUUUAAUACAGUUUUAUAAAACUAAAACUAAAAUAUCUUCUCCUUUUUAUUUAUAUAUUUGAAAGAUGACCCUACAAUUAAAUAUUAAACUAAUAAUUUUCUUUACUUAUAGAAUGUAAUACUUUAUACUUGUAUUUUUUUAGAAACUAUUCUAUUAGACAAAACUCCUGCAUUUGCAUUUGACUAUUUAUUCACUCAAGUUUCUAAUUCAUACCAGCAUAAUUGUGAUGAUGAUACUGAAAAUUAUUUUUUUGUGUAAGUAUAAAAGAGAAACUAAUCAACACAAAUAAACAAUUUUUUUUUUCUUAUAUUACAUCUUUUUUAAAUUUAAAAGAUCUACUCAUUGAGUUUAUACAUUAUUUAAAUUUUUUAUUAUUAAUAUAUAUAUUAUAUGGUAUUUACUGUCACCCUAAUUAAUUAUUACUUAAAAAGUAGAUAUGAGACUUGAAAUUUGUAUAGACAAUAUAUACUCAUUUAUAUAGAUGUUUUCAUAUUUUCAAAACAUUUGAAUUAUUUUUUUUAUCUAUUUAUAGACAUUUUAAUUUUACAAGUUUUUACGUAAUAUUUGUUUGGUUAAAAUAAAAUUUGUAGUUAAAAUUAUUAGACUGAACAGAAUUGUUUGAAAAUUUGAUAGAAUGUUCAUUUUAAGCUGUACUUAAUGGUAAAAAAAAAAAUUAGUUUAAUGUAGUAUUAUUUUAGAUUCUGAGUGAAGCAAAGAAGCUUAUGGUUUUACAAUGAUGUUUAUUUAUUUAUUUUUUUUAUCUGUGAAUAAUUUUUCUACCAGUUAUAUUUCAAUUUUCAAAUUUAAGACUUUUUGAAAGUAAUACUGACUGGGGUGGUACUUUAAGGAGGUUAUUUUUUGAGUUUCUCAGGAUUUUUCUCAAUAUGGAAAAACCAUUAAAAAGCAUGGGAAGAAUGGGGAAAUAGAUGCAAUAUUAAAUAAAUAUUAUUAAAGAAAAUGUUAGAUGUAUAUGUAAUUAUUUUACCCUAAUGUGACAUAUAUUAUUGACAAAGUAACACUAUCAUCUGAAUUCCGAAUAGAGUUGUUUUUUCAUUAGCAAUGGUUAAUCAUUGCUUACAUAUAUAUGUUAAAUUUAUAUCUAUAUCUUACCUUGGCAACUUCCUACCUACAACAGUAGCUGCACCUGUUCCCAUUAUCCUAGGAUUUUUUUAAUUUUAAAUCAACAUUUUAUAAAAUUUUAUUUAUAGUUCAGUUGAUCUAUUAUGCAUAAUAUUUAAUUUUUUUACAUUAUUUUUACUUUAUUGUUUUAUGUGUGUUGCAUUUAUAUUUUAUUUUUUUGGUCACCUUAAGUGUGUAUUAAUUUAUUUAUUAUUCAUGAAUUUACAAAAAUAGUCUUGUACCUUUUUAAUCAUUUGAAUAUCUACAUAGAAUACAGGAUUUAAUAUAAUUCUGGUGUAUAAUGAGGUAUAUUAUAUUUUGACUGCUGUGUAGUUUAACUCUUUAGAAAUGUGCUUUUAUUUAUUACAUGAUUUAUGUGUUCUUUAAAAUAAAACUUUUGAUUUAGAUGACUUCGAAUACUUAUUGAAUAUGGUUGCAUGAUAAUUGUGCUGUUAAAAUUAUACCUAAAAUGAACAUAUUAUACUUGUUUUAUACUAAUAACAAUAUUAUUUAUGUAUAUUAAAGGCCCGAAGAAAAAUGUCUAUUACGAUUUGUUGCUGGACCCAGUAUUUUGAAUGUGUCAUCAGGACUAAUUCACCGAGUUGAAUUUAUUUACAAACUAGUACUUGGUCAUGAUUUUAUUUUAUUUACUAUUCCUCCACAGCCUUCAUAUUCAGGUAAUAUAAGUUUUAAAAUAUUAAAUUAUGUUUGUGUAUUUAAAUAGUAGGGUUAUUGUUUUAUUUAUUUAUUUACAGUUUUCAAAAUCUUAAGUAAAAAUAUAACAGUAGUAGGUAUAAAGUGAAUUAUACAUAUGUGUUUACAGUAUAAUAAUAAUUUAUAUAAAAUACAGAAAGUAAUAUGAAUAAUAAUAAUAAUAAUAAUAAUAAUAAUAAUUAAAAUGAAUAUAAUAAAAACAUACUAUAUCAUUUGGUUAUUAAUUGAUUAAAUUGAAUCACAAAUUUGUUUAACAUUAUUAAUACAAGAAAAUAAAUUGUAUUGGCAGAAUUGCCUAAUGACAUCAGCAUAUUUGCUGGUGAAUUUAUUGAAUAAUUUGUAUUUAUUUCUAUUAAUAAAGAUAACUUAUUGUCCCUAGUGUUUUUUGGGUCGGUUUUAAAUUGUAUUAAUAUGGUCAUUGAUUUUUAAUUUAGUAUUCUAAGAAUAUACCUAAAUUUUUAAUUAAAGAUGUACGUUAUAUUGAAUUAUUUUCAAAUUUGUAAUUAAAACUAGAGAUAUUUUUUUAUAUAAAAAAGUAAUUACAGAACAUUUAUUUAAAUUAAGUUUUAUGCUAUUGUUUGAACACCAGUCGAAAAAGUAAUUUAGGUUGGAUUGUAAAUCUAAAGUAUCAUUAAUUACAGUAAUAGUUUUAUAAAUGUUAGCAUCAUCGGCAAUAAGCAAUAUUUUUUAAUAUUUUAAUACAGACGAAAUAUCAUUAAAGAAUAAUAAGAACAAUAAAGGAGAAAUAUGAUUGCCUUGGGGUACUCUAGAAGAGACUUUCAUGGGUGUUAAAAGAAAAUGUUUAUAUUUAAUAAUUUGUAGUCUAUUAGAUAGAAAAGAUGCGAACCAUGCUAAGAAGGGAUCAUUAAAGCUGAAUAUUAUUUUUAGUUUGAGAAUUAAUAAGUAGUGAUCCAUUUGGUCAAAUGCUUUAUUAAAAUCAGUGUAGAUGACAUAUGUUUGUGCUUUUAAGGAAAAAGAAUCUAAAAUACUGUACCGGGAUGUAUAUAAUAGAAAAAAUUGCUGUUUAAUUUGUUUUAAAUUUGAAUUUAAGUUAGAGUAUCAUUGUGAAAAAAAGUUCAAAACCACUACUGUGUGUAAUAACAUUUAUUUUACAUAGAUAUGGAAGAAAAAUAUAAUGCUAUAAUUAAUUCUAAUAUCCAAUUAAUGGUUUACCAAUUCACAAUAUUUAAUCCAAUGAUCAAAGUAUUUCCAGCUUGUCAUGUACCAACUCCAUCAUCUCAAAGACACAAGGUAUUAAAUUUAAAUAAAAAUCCUAUUAGAAAUAAAAAUAAAAGUAUUAUAAUAAAUCGUAUAUUGUAACAGAAAAAUCAAAAAAGUUGCUUAAAACAAUUUGAUCCUAUAUUUGAAAAUCCACCAACAGCUAUUUUUGAAUUAAAAGUUUUAGAUGGUCGAAUUGUGACUCCUAAAAAGAAACUGAGAUGGUCCUUAUUACCACAAGGUAUAAUUAAAAAUAUUGCUGAAGAAAAAAAAGUGCAAUUAAAAACAAAGGCUAUUUUAAGGGUAUGUAAUUUAUUAUUUAUAAAUAAAAUUAAAGCGAUGAAUGAAAAUGUAUUUAUUAUUAGAGCUUGGAUGUUAAUGCUCCAAUAAUCCUAUGCAAAUGACUGAAUACAAAAUAAUAAUGUCCAGUAAAUUAAAAUACACAUUAUAAUUUAAAAAGUUGGAAGGUCAACAAUACAUUAUUUUUCUCAUUUGCUUUCAUCCAAAUUAAUAAGUAGGCCAACCUCGUCUUAAAAUUCAACUUGAUCUAAUCUCUACAUUGCUGUACUUGAGUGUCUUCAUAUAAUUCUUAACCGUAUUCAACCUUCUUUUUUUUUAGUUUUCCUCUAACUCUUUUCUUCUAUGUUUAUUUUCGUUAGGUACUAUACUUAAUGUUUCUGAUUCCAUUCUUCUUAUGACAUUUCAAAACCAUUUUAAUCUAUUUUCUCUUAUCAAACCGUGGUUAAGCCUAAACUACCUCGUAUUUCCUUAUUCCUUGUCCUAUUUUCUUUCAUCACUCGAUGACAAGAUAUGAUUAUAGAUGAAGUAAACUUCAAUGAAGUUCAGAUGAACAUGUUUUUAAAUAGGAACCUUAAUUUGUAUGAGUUUGUAAAAUUAAACCUUAAAUGCUUAUAUUACAAAAAAAAGACUACAUUACACUCAACUUUUUAAGCCUCAUUAAAUUUCCAAACAAAAAUUUUUGGCAAAACAAUUUUAUCCAUAUAAAACCUAUAAAUAGCUGAAAAAUUUGUCAGAAUGUUUUGAAAAUUCACUACGUCUAGAAAAUUUGAUUAAAGUAUUCUGUGGAAAUGUCAAGUUUCUAUGAUUACUUUUAACCAAAUUUGAACUAAAAAAAAAAAUACAGUGAAACUUUUACUUUCUCUUUUUUCUCAAUUAUUAAGAAAACUAAAGAAAAAAUCAAAAAUCACUCUUAUGCACCAAGAUCCACUAUUCUACAAAUUCUCUUGUUAUUUUUUAAUUGGAGCAAGAUUUUUGGUUGGAAAUAUGUCAUUGAUGAUUAAUAUAAAAUAAAUACUAAGAAAAGAUAUAGUCAGGAGUAUUAUAAUAACUACUUAUGUGUAUUCAAUAUCUAAAACAAAUUUUUUCAACAUUUUGUAUAGGCUAGUUAAGUUAUAAAUAUAAAAUACUGUUUCAUAUGAUUUUGUAUUUUGCAAUUUAUUAAUUAUUUUCUAGGCAAAAGAUUUUUUAGUGAAUAUUGAAUUUUCUUAUUCAACACAUAAAUUAUUAAAAAUCAAUAAUAUAGGAUUUAAUACUACACAUGAUUGUAUUAUAAAUUAUAACUCAGAUUCUAUAUUGGACAUAGGUAAAUAUAUAAUUUUUUUUAUUAUACUUAAUUAAAAUUUAUUUUUAACAUUCGUAUGUAUUUGUUUUAGAUUUUAUUAGUUUUUCAACAUCAAAAGAAAAUUUUCUAUUAAUGUAUUAUAUUAUUCAAUCAAUUAUUAUGUCUAACCAUCGAAGACUCUUACAUAUCAAUAAUUAUAUUUUUAAAUCAUCAUUAUUAGAUGAUGCCCCAGGUAAUUAAUUAUUAAUUCAAUUUUAAUUUAAGAUUUAAAAGUUAAGUACUAAAAUUAAAAUUGUAUCAUAUUAGAUUAUAUAAUCUCUACAUAUGAACAAACUUAUUUUAUUUGUUAUUAAAACUUAUUAGAACUUAAUUAAUAAACAAAUAGUUUUAUUAUACAACCUGUAAUAUUAUUGUAUCAUUAAAAUUUUACUAUUACAGGUUCCAUUGUUUUGAUAUUUAAUUUGGAAGGAGUUAAAAUAUACCAUAAAUUAGAAAAUCAAUUAGCAUGCAUUAAAAUAAUAUGUAACAAUAUUAAUGCUAAAAUGGUAACGCUAAAUAAAUUGAAUGAUAAUAUUUCAAGUGCUAUAUUAUUUUCGACUACAGAAUUUAUUAAAAAUUCUGUGCCAUUCCUUCAUAGUAAGUGAUGUAAUCAACUAUAAUUUAUGGAAAAUUGUAUAAGCUUAUUAAAGUAUUUUUAAAUUUUAAAAAUUAAAUAAUAAUUUUCAGUUUAAAAUAAAAUUUGUAAGAUAAGUUUAAGUACUUUAAUAAAGCAAAUUGUAAACCUUAAAACUAUUGAAAAAUAUAUAUUUUAUAUAAUUGUUUAAACAAGUAGUAUUUUAAUUACAUCAUUAACAUGAAUUUUAGUUAUACUUCAAUUACCAUCUGAAAUAGUUGCUAAUGAAAUGCCGUUAAUAUAUUUCAAAAUUGGUGAGUUAGAUAUGAACUUUGAUCCAAUAUUAUUUGAUUGGUUAGUUUACAUACCUAAUAUAAAUAAACAGAAAGAAGGGAAAAAGAAAAUUUCAACAGCAUCUGAUUUAGCAUUUUUCAGGUAAUAUAGUUUAUAUAGUUUAAAAAUAAUAAUGUCUAAAAUGUCAAAUAUUUUCAGUGCUCCAAGUCGCAAAAUUUCUGAAACCAGUAUUAACAGUGAUCUGAAAAAAAAACAGCAUAAGCCAUCUAUUCAUAGUAGUGUUUCAGAAAACGUUUCCUUUCACUCUGCUAAAUUUUUACAUUUAAAAAAUGAAGUAAUUUAGUAAUUAAAUAUCCACUAUACAGGGUGAUUUUUUUUAUCAUGAACCAGCAAUUGUCACAAAGGAUUUUAAGUGAAUUUGACUUCUGUUUUUUUUUUUUUUUAUUAAUAUGGAAUCGUUUAAGCUUUAUUGUAAAAUCAUUUUUAAUUUUUUACUUCAUGUAUUUUAAAUAAGUGAUAUUUUUGAUUUUCAAUUACAUACCUUCCCCCUUUUUGAACACAGAUUUGAAUAGAGACUAAUAUCAGACUUACUGUUAUAACUCAUAAACGUCAAAUCUGAUAUUAGUGUUAUGUAUAUCAAAAUUUCUAGAAAAAUAUUCUCUAUUCAAAUCUGUGUUCAAAAAAGGGGAAGGUAUGUAAUUGAAAAUCAAAAAUAUCACUUAUUUAAAAUACAUGAAGUAAAAAAAUAAAAAUGAUUUUACAAUAAAGCUUAAAUGAUUCCAUAUUAAUAAAAAAAAACAGAAAUCAAAUAAAAAAAAUCACUCUGUAUACUACUACUUCUACUACUACUACUAUUCUACUACUUAUAAAGUAUAUAAUUUGAAUGUAAUUUACUUUAAUAUCAUUGAUUAAAUUAAACUAUUUUUGUAUUUAACAAAACUUCUCUAAAAUAAUUAAUAUAUUUUAAUAUAUAUUUCAUUUUUACUUUGGAAAUAUGUUUUUAAACCUUUCCAAAAAAUAUAAUUUUAUUUAUAUUAAUAAUAAAUGAUUAUUCCUAAGCAUAUAUAAAAUUAAAAUAGUGUUACUCUUGUUGAUAUAUUUCGUACAUAAUUUAUAACUUUUUUUGUUUUAUCGUUUAUAGUCUAAAGAAAUGAAAAUUGUUCGUUUAUUCAACAAAUGGAAAUCAUCUAUUGUUUUUGUUGAUACAUCACGAAUUGCUUUAUAUUUUCCUAGCAAAUCAUUAUCAAUGUUGAAAAAAUCACCAAGUAAAUCUUUAGAUCUCAGUGAACUACUUGAGUAUUCCACAAAUAAUGGAAAUGGAUUAGUCGUAUUAAGAAUAUCAAAUAUUUCCUUAAAAUGUAUUAUUCCAAAAAAUCAAAUGGAGCAAUAUUUAAGUACUACCCCUGUUAGAUUUCCUAACACUUUAUGGUCUCCUGGUAAGAUUUUAAAUCAGUAUUCAAAUCGUAUAUUAUUUUAUUAAUUUUGUGUGUACCUAAUUAAAAUUAUUAACAAUGUAUGAAUUAUAUUUAAUUCAUAAGGAAAUACUUAUGUUGAUAGGAUUAUUUCAGUUUUUUUUGAACAUAAUUUUAAAAUUAAACUUGUGUUACCCUUUCAGUGAAAACUAAUUUUAAGUUGAUUUUCUUUAUUAUAAAUGCCUUAUGUAUGCAAAGAUUUAAUAUAAAUUCAAUUUUCUCAUUCUUCUUUUAUUAGUUCCUAUCCGUUUUGAAUGUUGGAAAUCACAUUGAAUAUUGCUUCUCUUUCUAACGAUGAAUGAAAUAAUUAAUUUGUUGUUGUGCUAAACCUGUCACAGAUAUUUUUAAAUAAUAUCCUUAAGGAUAUAUUUCAUCUAUCAAUAUUUCUCUUGCUUUCUAUUUCCCUUGAAGUAUAAAUUGUAGAAAUCAAUAUCUUUGGUUAUUCCUCAUUAUGUGGCCCAGGUAUUCUAAUUUACAUGGUAUAAAGUCCUCGUUAAUUUCUUUUUCUUUUACAUUCUUUGUAGUACACAAAUGUUAGUUAAUCAAUCUGUUCAAAAAAUAUUUAGGAUUCGACGGUACAGCCACAUUUCCAAUGCCUCAAUUAUUAAUUUCUUAAUGUUUCAGUUAAUGUCCAUGUUUCGGCUCCAUAUAAUAAAAUAGGGAAGAUGUAACAUCUAAAUAUUCUAAUUUUAGUGUCCAAUAAAAAAUCAUGGCAUUUAAAUAUCUUAACAUUUUUUACAAAUGUACCUCUGGCCAUCUCAAUCCGCCAUUUAUCCAUCCCAUUUUUUCCAUUCCAUGUUUCCAGUCCUCAUUUACCCAUGUAUCGAGAUAGCUAUAAUUUUGAACCUUUUCUAUUUACUUUCCCUUCAAAAAUAGCUGUUUUUUCAAAAUUAUCAUUUAUUUGGUUUUGUUUAUAUUAAGAAACAAACCAAAACUUUCCCUUAAGUCUGCUAUUCUAUUUACAAUUUUUUGGAAGCUUGGCAUAUUAUUUCUGAAUACAACUGCAUCAUCAGCGUAUCUUAUAUUAUUUAAUACAUUCACCAUUUACUUUUAUGCUCGCGUUAACUUCAUCCAAAGCUUCUCGAAGUAAGAAUUCCGAGUAUAAAUUAAAUAUAAGUGGUGAGAGGAUGCAACCCUGUCUCACUCCUCUUUUUAUUGGGAUAUCGUUUGACAUUUCUGUCUAAUUUCUCAUUAACAAUACUUUAAAAAUGCUACCUUUUGUUAUUCCUGUUUAAGAUAAUUAUUAUUUUUUUGAAUUUUCAAUAGCUAAUCAUAUUUUAUUUAGAACUCAGGUAUGUAAUUGAAGGAGAGUAUUGGUAGUUUUUUUAAUUUUUAUUUCAGUCAACUUAAAUUUAAAAAAUUCUAAAAUGAGUUAUAAACAUUUAAAUAACCAUUUUCAUACAUCUUCAUUUCAAACCAUAAUAUAAAUUAUUUUUAGAACUAAUAAUUAUAAUUAUGAAAAUUACAGUCAAGUAAAUUAUUUCUGGAAAAAAAAAAAAAUGUAAUAUUAGUUGCAUUUUUUCAGAUGGUCUGUAUUUUCCAUGGGAACUUAACUUUCAUAAACUAGAAUGUUAUACAAUUCAUAGUUCUUAUGAUAUCACAUACCAAAGAUCAUAUACACAUAAAGUACAACUUCUUUAUCCAUUUAGUGCUCAGUGUACAUUAGCUAUUACAUCUCAAUUACAUAAUAGUAAUCCUCUAUCAUUGAAAAGCUUAGCUGCUUGUAUACAUUGUGAUUCUGAUCCAAUUUCUAUUUGCAUAUCUGAGCAACAAGUAAGUAUCCAUUUACAUUUAUUAUUUAAUCAUUUAUUUAAAUGUGUAAUACCCCAUCAGAUAGAUAGGUACCAUCAUUUUAUUAUAUUACAUUAAGGGAUUCAUUAAGAAAAUUAUCACAUUUAUUUAUUUUUGAAAAUAUAUAAUGUAUCUAUUUAAAAAUCUAUAUCUUUAUAUUGAUAUAAAGCUUAUUUUAUUAUUCAUUUAUAGGUAAAGCUUGUUGCUAAUUUAUUAAAAAAACAAAUUGAAGUGUAUAAAGUCAUAUUUUCAAACAUUGAAUAUGGAACAUUUUUUAACUGUUCAGUGGCACAUGAAAUGUCAUCAAUUCCUGAAGAUGAACCUAUAGAAACCAAAAUUUGUGUACUUGGUAACAUCUUUAAUUUUUUGAUCACAUAUUUAUUUAAUUUUAAAUAUUAUGAUUUAUAAAUAUAGAUAUUAAAAAACCUGAAGAAAAUGUCAAAUUAUCUGGUUGGUUUCAAUGGACUUUAGCUCGCUUUUCAUUAAUUAUCAAAAAUAAUCCAGAAUACAGUUCAUUAGAAAAUGUUAAACUUGUAUUAGACUUAGAGGACGUAAUAAGUUCUUUAGACUUUGGAGUAUCAUACCACAAGUUAAAAUUAAAGAUUUCUUCAGCUUCCAUAAAACAUUUUAUCAAGUAUACUAAAAUACAUUUUGUAUUGCUAUGAUGAUUUAUUAAAUAAUAGUUAAUAAAAUAAUACAUGAUUCAUGAUAUUCAUUUAGAAAUAUAAAAGAAGAACAGUGGAAGCAUGGACCAUACUUAGGACUAAUACUUAAAGGUUAUGAUCCUUUAAAUAGCUCAGAUAAAACAUCAAAAACCGAUGGGUUUUUAAAUUUUACAUUAACUCGAGCAUUCAAAAGUUCUUUUCAAAACUCUAAAUUAAAUAAAAAUAACACUCCUUUACAUAUGGUAAUAUAUUUAUAUUGCAUAUUAUUUAGAAUAUUUAUCUAAUAUUUGUUAUUAAAGUUAUCACCAUGUUUUUUUUUUUUUUUUGUAUGUAUCUUAAAUAAUUAUUAUAUUAUUCUAAAAUUGUUAAGUUAUAAAGAAGAACAUUUAACACGUAUUUCUGCUGUGUAUCAUAUUUCAGUAGCAUCUACCGCGGUGCUUACACAAUCUUUGAAAUAAAAUCGAUUUAUAUUGAAUUUAGACUUAUAAUUAUAUAAUAUUCAUUAAAGCCCUAUAUCGAUGGGUAAAAUAUGUCUAUUUUUAUAUUAUAUAUGAGAUUCCAGUCUAAUAAUAAAAUAACAUGAUAAAAGUAGAUAAUUAGGGAAUAUUAUUAAGGGCUGUUCUAUCCAACGUAAAAAAUGCGUUAAUCUGAUUCUUAAACUGAGGUUAUGGUUGAUAACCAACUAAAAAUAGUCGAUUAUCCUAUAAACUCAGUUUAAAAAUUAUUGUUUACAUUUUUGAGAACGGGCCUAAAUCGUACGCAAAUAGAAAACAAAUGGUUAUUUUUAGAAACGGUUUUCCAAAUAUAUUUAACAAUGUUUGUAGACAUCGGUGACAUAAAAUUAAAGUACUGAUUCUAACGAUGACUGAAAUAUAAGCUCAUUAAAAUCAGUAUAUUAGGUGACACCAAUUAGCGUCGAUCGUAUGUAGUUAGUGACGCUAUUAUCGUCAAUUAGUGUUGUACGCAGCAAACGUGUUAAGUUAAUUUAUAAAAAAAAAUUACUUUUAAAAUUCAGAAAAACUAAAAAAUGUAAAAUAAUAUAUUAUAUAACGUGUCCUAAAGCAUUAUCCAAAUGCUAAUAACUCUGUCAAUAUUUAUUUUAUGUGAACAAUUUUUUUCAAUCGGAUUUUAUGUCAGGGGACACAAAUAUAUAGACAAUUUUAUUUAUUUUUUUUUUUCUGUGGACAAUAUAUCUACCAGAGAACCUGCUCCGAUUUUUAUGUGUAUCACUUUUUCUAAAAGGAAAUCGGUGUGGGGAGGUACUUUAAGGAGGUCAUUUUUUGAUUUUCUCAAGAGUUUUCUCAUGAAAUACGAAAGACCGAAAAAAAAAAACUGGAAAAUGUACGAAAUAUAUUUGUAUAAUAAUACGAUUUUUUUUCAGUGGAUAACUUUUCUAUCAGCAAUUUCGCUCCAACUUAUAAUGAUAACAAUUUUUCUACAAGGAAAUUCCACUAGGGAAGUACUUUAGAGAAGUAAUUUUUCGAUUUUCCAUAGAGUUCUUAUCGGUACAACAUAAAACAAAUAUUAAAGAAAAUAAUUUAAAUCUUAUUUAAUAAUUUUACUAUAAUAUGGUAUACCAUAUAAUAUUGUUAAAAAAACAUCUCUAUUAACUAAACUCUGCUCAACAAUUUUUUCUUAAGUAAUGGUUUUUUAUAGCUAUGCAUUAAAUUACCUAUAACAGUGGCUGCACCUGUCCCCAUUAUCCUAUUACGUCUUUUCAAAACAAAAUAAUUAUUUUGAAAAUUUUAAAAAUUGUUAAAAAAAGAACUUUUUUUCAGUAAUUUGGGAUGAAAAUAAAAAAUAUUUUUUCUCUACAUUUGUGUCCUGACACAAAACCUGAUUGGAAAAUAAAAUAUUGAUAGAGUUAUUAGCACUCGGAUAAUACUGUAGAACACUGUAUACAAAAUAGUAUUUUAUUAGAAUAUUUUUGGUAAAAAUUUGCUAUUUUUUUACUUGCUAAUAAAAAUAUGCAAAAACAUGUAAACUAAAAUAAUUAAACUAAAGUUACUAUAAUAAUAACUUAUAGUUUUGUUUAACUUUCCUCCAUGUAUAACUGUAGUUUAACUAUUAUAUUUUUACAUAUUAAGUAGAAACAUAAUUUGUUUAUAUUGUCAUUCAACUAUUUUUGUAUUAGGUUAGUGAUGAAAUGCUCAAAUUAAACCAAAAAUUAAUGGAUGAAUAUAUAAUGGAAAUUGUAAUCAAAGUGCAACCAAUUGAUAUUGUUAUUUCUCCUUUUAAUCUUCAUAAAUUCUUAUCUAUAAUUGAUCCUCUUCUAGAAAUAUUUAUAAAUUCUAAAUAUUUACUAAAUUCUUCAUCAAAUUCUCAUAAUUUAUUAGAACCAAGUAAAGAAAUACUAGGUUCAACAUUACCAUUAUUUUAUUUGGAUAUUGCAUUAUUAAGGAUUUUUAUACCACUAUCUUUACAAGACAAUACUAUUGAAGAUCAAGACACUGUUAUAGUUCAAGUAAUUCUAACCAUAAUAAAUUGUAUUCUUUGAUACUAUGUAUGUAUAAUUUAUUUAUUAGGUCAAUUCAUUAAAAAUAAAUCAAAAUCCUGAAAAUCCUAUUACUCGAACACCACUCAGAAAAGAUUUGUACAUUGAAGCUGAAAAACGAGGGUUAUUGUCCAUUCCAGGAUCAAUAGUUGAAGAUCGCCAGUAUCAAAUUAUUGUAAACGGAUUUUCAAUAAAAACUGGAUUUUGGAUUGAUCUAAAACAAGUAUUGGAAUGUUAUCAAGUAUCAUCAACUUUAGAUACAGAUCAUCAACCAAAUGCUGCAUUGUUAUGGAAUGAAGGCAAAAGACCUAGGGCAAUGGGAAAUUCUAAUUUGGAUGAAAUUAAUACAUCAACAUUGUUUAAUAAAGUAACUUUUCACUCAGUUUUUGCUCCAGCUAUUAUUUUUGAACCAGAAAAUACAUUAGUAUGCGGCAGUUGGAUAGAAGUUAGUAUUUUUAAAUUAAAUUUUUUUGAAAUAAAUAAUUAGCAUUAUUUUCUUACGCGUUUAGGUGAAUAUAUCAAAUGAAAUAAUAAUAACAUUAUCUAUAGGACAACUUAACUUGUUGAACAUAUUAGCUUCUCAAAGCAAUGAAUAUAUAUUAAGUCAUUUAAAAACAAAUUGCACCAAUUUAAAUGAAAAAAUGCAAUCUAAAUCAUCACCAGAGUCAUUAACUCUUGAUAGUGGUGUUAAUUCUACUGAAGAUAAUGUUAAAUUGUUUGAUCAAGAAACUAGUUCAAUAUCAUUAGUUGGAAAUAAAAUAAACUCUCAAUCAAAUAUAGCUCUUUUCUUAAAAAAGUUAGUGUUUAUGUAAUAUUAAUAUUUUAUUAUUAAUUAAACAUAAAAUAAAAUAAUUUUGCUGUAUAUCUUAGAGAUACUACUACUACAGUAAAUCAAAUUCCAAUUGAUGUAAUUAUCACUGGAAAACAAAUCAAUUUGAAUAUUUUUAAUUGUAUAGUUAAAAAUGAAAUCAAGAUAUGUGAACCACUGUUAUAUGCUGUUAUUCAUCAACCUCAUGUAUUUUUUUCUCUUUCUAGUACUUCCGAUUCAUGUCAAGUACGAAUUAAAAAAUAUUGUAUUUAAAUUACCUGUUAACCUGUUAAAAUAUAUAAUUAUUUUUAUAUAAUAUUUUAGGUAAUAUUCUUUGAUCUGACAAUAUCAUUAGCUCCAAAAAAUAAAAUAUAUGAAAUUGAGGUCCCUGAAUCUAAAAUGUAUUCAGUUCCAUUAUUUGAAACAAAAUCGAAUACAAAUGAUGAAAUUCCUUUAGCAUUUUUUACAUUGAAAAUUUCUCGCCCUAUUUCAAUUGGUCAAUACAAAGUAUAUAGUAAUCAUUAUUUUACUUUAUUAUUUAAUUUAUCAUAAAUAUUAAGUUUUUUUUUUUUUAGGUUGAGCUAAUUCUAGGAAGAGCUAUUUCAUUAGUGUUAAAUAAACAAAAGAUUGAUCACUUUAAUAAUUUUUUUGAUCUUGUAAGGAAAAUAUUUCAUAAAGUUUCUUUGUCUUAUGAGGAGACUCAUACUGAUUCAAAGUAAGUUGAUCAUUUCUAUUAUAUGUGCAUAUAAUGUACCUAUGGAACUGACCUAUUAAAAAAAAAUUAUAAUAAUAAUAAUUUAGUGUAAAUGUAAAUAAACAUUUGAAAAGACGUGAAUACUUUACACAAUAGUAGGUCUUUGUUGUAGGAGAAUAGUUAAAAAGGUAGGAAAUAGAAAAGAAUUUGAUUUAUAUCCAAAUGCAAUUAAAAUAUGACCCUUUAAGUACCAACUUGAUUAAAUUUCAUUUCAGAAAAAGUGCUACACUUAACACAUCAGAGCAAGAUUUCUAAUAAAAAAGUUACUCACAAUAUAAAAAUAAUAAAAAAUAAACAUCAUUGUAAAACCAAUACAUUUCUCAUUACCCUUGAAAUCUAAAAUGUUUUUACAUACUACAUACUUGUUUAUGUUGUGGAUUUUCUGGUUUAAACUACCUUUUAUUUUUAAACUGUUUAAAUUAAAUUAAUUUAAAUUUAGCAUUAAUAAGUAACAAUAUUUGACUAGACAAGUAUCCAAAAUAAAGAGUAUAUUACAUUAAUAAUAAUUGAUAAAAAUGAAGCAUUUUUAAUGGAAAGGAUAAAAUAGAAUUUAUUAGUAUAUUUUACAUUUCAAUGUUUGUGAUAUAGUUUUAACCAAUUGUUUGAUUAUACAUGGAUGUAUAGAGUUAAUAAAUUAAAUUAAAACUAAAAACCCUGUAUAGUAUGCAGUGAAACUUCUGAAUAGCGGACACUAUUGGUCACCAAAACGUUGUCUGCUAUUUGGAGGUGUCAUAUAUUCAGAGGGGGUAAAUUUUUGAAAUUCAUAAGUAGGUAAAUGUGUAAAAAGAAAAAAUAUGCGCUAGGUUAAAUUAAAUUAUAAUGUUAUUAUUUAAUGUUUUAAUGAUAUAAUAAUGUAUGUAGACAUUACAAAAAAUUAGUCAGUUUGGUUUAUUUAUAAUUAUGUUGUCUUGAUAUAAUUUCUUUUAGUAAGUUUAUUUGCCAAAGUUAUAGUAGAAAAUAAAAUAUUACUGCUUUCUAUCUCUAUUAGUGUAUUAAUAUUAAUAUAAGUAUAUAAUUUACACAUUAUUUUUUAUUGUACUUUUAGACUUCAUGAAAUUGAAAUUCUAAAACCGUCUUUUAAAAUUGAAUCGAUCGUAUCUCCAAAUAUGUCUGAUGAAUUUGAUAAGUAUAAUUAUGAAAAUUCAACCAUUGAAUCGGCUAAACAUACUAGUAUUAUUAAAGAAACAUUUGAUGAAAACAUUAUUGAAAUACCUGCACAAUUGAUUAAUGAACACUUUUGGUACUCAAAACCAAUGGUUAUAAAUUUAACAACUCAACAAAUAUUUGUUCAGCUUUAUACUGAAAAUAAUGGUAUAGCUUAGACAUUUUUAGAUUUUCAAUAAGUAAAAUUUUAAUACAUAAUAUUUUUUAUUUUUAGAGAAUAUUGUAUUCAGCAUUGAAAGUAUAGUUUCUAAAUUGAACUGUUUGUGGAAAAAACCAUCAGAACGUAUGAAUGGUGAAAUAACAUUGAAUAGCGCAACAAUAUCAAUUGGAAAUAAUUACUCAAAAUAUAAUACAAAUGAAUUAAUUUUACACCCAUGGACAAUGACUCUUGAAAUUGUUUUAUCGUCAGACCCAUGGGUUCCAGAAUAUUUUCGGCCAACAAAACAACUGAAAAUACUUACAGAUUAUGUAGCAUUUCAUAUAUCUCCCUCUCAUUAUAAUACAUUGAAACUUGUUUGGAAUGAAUACAAGUUUUUAAUUGAAUAUAAUAAAAAUAUAGCAAAAAAAACAAGUUGUAGUAUGUUUAUUGAUAAUAUUAUUUAUUAAAUGUUAUAAUUUGUUAUAUUUUAGAAAUUAACAUUUUUAAUAUAAUAUUUAUUUUAGAUUCUGAAUCUGAUGAACAAUUUUAUCAAGAUGAUCUUAGAGCUGGGGCUUUUCAAUUUCUUGAAACUAAUAGUUCUGAUUUACCUCUACCUUAUCAAAUUUUUUUUUCGGAAUGUUUACCUAACAAUAUACCAAAAAUUACAUGGCGUUAUCCCCAACCUAGAACAUUGACAAAGAUUGAAGUACAACCAAUUCCGAUGGAAGUAUGUGUACUUAAUUUUUAUAUAAUUAUUAUACUUUCUAAUUUUAUUUUUUACUUAAAAUAUUAUUAAGGUGGAUAUAGACAUUGAGUUGCAUUUACAAUGGUAUGAUGAAAUACAAAAUUGUUUUAGAGUUCAUACUAGUUUCAUUUUUCCAAAAUAUGAACCUUUGUUACUACGUCUAGAAUCAUGGCAAGCAGUUUCAAAUACUUGGCGCAUAAUUAUGGAUAAUGCUAGUAUAAUGAAUUGUCCACUGCAAAUAAAGUACUUUAUAUCACAAUUAUGAGUCUAGUAGUUUUUGGUAAUAAUUAAUAUAUUUUUUACAUGUAUUUAGGAGUUUGGUUGGUUGUCUUAGAGUUGAUUCAUAUUUUUCACCAAGCUUAGUACCGCAGUUACAGUUUUCAUUAUCAGCAUCGUCUAUUAAAGUAAUAAUAUCAUUAUUAAAUUAACAUGAAUUUUGAUUAUUAAAUACUUUUAAUAGGUGAACAUUUCAUAUGAUAUUAAAAAAAAAACAUACUUAGAACGAUAUGAUUGCAUUUCUGAUGUUCCACCAAAACAUAAACUAGUUAUUUUGAUUUUGGAUCAAAUAAAUAUUGGUUUCAAACUUCAAGACGGUAUUUAUUAAUUUAUUAUGGUUGUUAAUUCUAUUUUUGUAUAUAUAUAAACAAUAAUAAUAAUAUAACUGAUAUUAGCUCUAAAAAUAAUAGAAUAUUGAACAAUGCUUAGUAAGUAAUGAUAUCAAGAAAUAAAUAAAAGUGGUUGUAAGUAGAUAAAAGACAAAAAACUAUUAAAAACUGUUUUGUUAGUUGGACAAUUUAUGUUCUUUGUUCAUAUAAAGGAGAGGGAGAUUGAGGUUUACAAAUAAGUAGUCGAGAAAAAAGAAAACCAAGCAUGUUACUAAUGUAAGAUACAUUAACUUUGAUUAUACAAGUGAUAAAUACUCAAUAAGAUAAUCAUUGCAUCAUAAAAUAUUGACUUUUUUCAGAAUAUUUAAGAAAUAAGCAGCUUUAAAAUGUUAUAUUAUCAUUUAGUUUUGUCGCCUUUAUUUUUAGAGAUAAAAUAACUACUUCAUAAUUUUGAUUUUAAAUUAGCAAUGUAUAUUUAACAUUCCAUAAAUAUUAGUGAUGUACACUUUGGAAUAGAUUAUACUAUCAAUAGUUUUUGAUAGUUUGGAUGAACUAUUUAUUAUUUAUUUCUAUGACCGAAUACUUACAUUCAAAAAAACUUUGGAAUACUUAAAAAAACUAUUUGAAUAGUUUUUUUUUCAGUAUCAGUAUUUUAGUAUUUCCAAAAAAAUAAACAUUUUGAAUGUACGUUAAGAUUGAUAGGUACUAGGUACAAAACAUGAUAAAUCUUCCACUACCAUCAGUCUUACGAAAGAAAGGUUACUGUUUUACGCACACUAACAAAGUUCCACACUACCACCAUCAAAUCCCCUCGUGUGUUGCUAGCUUAUGUGUACUGGGUUGAAGCGAGAACUAAAUGAAGAGCGGUGUGGGAGAAUGCACGUCACUGACUUACUUUUGUUAAAAUGCAUUACCUUUCUUUCGUGAGACAGAGUGUAUUUUUGAUUUAACUAAAUUUACAAAUGAGUCUAUGAAUACUACUGCGGUGCACCCUGCUUCCAUACAACUUAUGCAUAAUGCUAUUUUCAUAUUAAAACUUAAUGACUUAAUAACUAACCUAAAAAAAACUAGUCUAACAGUUUUUUCCAUAAAUUAAUAAAAAGUGUUAGAGACUAUUCAAAGAAAAACUAUUUAUUUGUAAACUUUUUGAAUAGUUUGACUGCGAUCAAUUAUAAAAUAGUUUGAUAAAUAAUGAAUAUAUAUUGGUGUUUACUUUUUCAAUUUAGUUGAAUUCAAAUACCGAGAGCUGCAAUACUACUCAAAUAAUGUUCCACUACUCUCCCCCUACUCAAACUUAAAAAUGAAUUUUCUCAUUAACAAGUAGAUGGAAAUUAAAAGUAUUAACACUAAAAUGAAAUUAAACUUAAACUUUAAUUUUUUAUGGAAUUUGUAAUAUAUGUUACUAUUUUAAAAUCAAAAUCAAGUGUUUCUCCUUAAAAAUAAGAGUGACAAAUAAUAACUGUUAUGUAAUAUUAUAGUGCUGCUUGUUUAUUACAUUGUCAAAAAUAAAAAUAAAAAAUGUAAUACUUUCUGAGAUAGUGGGUGUUUUAUUAAAGAUUGAUCAUUCUGUAUGAUAUUAUUAUUCUAAUGGUAUUAAUAGAUAGAAAAGAAACAGAAAAAAGAGGAAAAAAAUAUGAAGAGCGAGAAUAAGUGUAGCUACCACUAAUAGUGGAUAAAGGUAAAGAGGAUAAAUAAUAAUAAUGUUAUUAUAUUAUUAAUACUAUUAAAAAUUGUAGCAUAAUAACCAAAAUUAAAUGCACUCAUUUCUCAAAGCUGAGUAGUUAAAAAGUUGAAAAAAAAAAAAUUAAAAUAUUAAGUUAAAUAACUAAUUUUAACUUAACUUGUUAUCACCAAAUUAUUUAAAAAUUAUUUGUAUAAAAUCUGUUAAGCUUUUUAUGUGAAUAUAAAUAGUUAAUAAUUAAUUUGAUUAAAUAUUAGGAGAAAUAAACACAUCAACUCAAGCACAUAUCAAAAUUGAACUCUUAAACUAUGGUACAUUAACACAAAUUCCUAUUAUAAAAACAUUUUUUUUAUGUACAACUCGCCAUACAACAAAGCCAAGUAAUUAUUUUAUACAUUUUAAUAAAUCAUAGUUGAUUCCUUUAAAUUUGUUUUAAUAUCAUAAAAUAAUUGUAUUCAAAUAGUACCUGAUAUUCAGUACAACAUCCAAACUGGAGCUAUAGCAUGUCAAUUUGGUCCGAGUAUCAUUAAUUCUUUGACAGCAGCAAUACAGCUGUGGACAAAUGAAUCUUAUUUUAUAUCAACACCAUAUAUUAUUUGUAAUGAUACCAAUUUUCAAAUAGUGUAAGUUAAUUUGUAUAAAUUACUUCUACUGUUAAAUGAAGUUUAUUCAAUUUAUGAGGCCACAAUGCAUAUAUUGUCACUUAAUGGCUGUAUUCAAACUGUAGACUUUAAAUUAUAUACCUGCAACACAUCCAGCACUCACUAGUUACUAUAUUUACGUUCUAUUUAAAUUAUAAAUACAUUUACAAUUAUUGUUGCAGAUUUGGUCAAUCAAAUACUAAUGAAGUUAUUACACUUGAUAGUUUACAAUCUUAUCAAUACACGUGGCGUGUACCCACUGAACAUCCUUGCAUAAGAUUAAGUGUUGGAAAUAUUAAUAAGUAAUACAUAUUAAUAUAAAGUUAAAUGUAACUAUGUUCUAAUAUCUUAUAAAUAUUUAGUUUGUCUUGGAGUAAUGAUAUAAAUUUAUGUCCUGAAGCUUUAAUGUCUCUAACAGUAAAAAAUCAUAAAGGGGAGACUCAUAUUUUAAUAUUGUCUAUUACAAAUAUGUCAUCAUCAAUUAUAAAAGUAUGUCCUAUAGUCUCUCUAUAUUAAAUUACAUUUUAUUUAAAUAGUUGUAUUAUAUAUUAGGUCGUUGUAUCCAGUCAGUUAAGUAUUUUAAACAAAACAGAUUAUUUUUUGGAUGCUCGAUUCACCAAAAUCAAACAGAUUGAAGAGCAAAAGAAUAGUGAUCAAAAUUUAGUUUUGCAAUCUUUGCAAACUUUAACUAUUCCUCCUGAAAGUAUUUCACCAUCAAUAAUGUUAUAUAAUGGACUUAAAGUUACACUAAAGUUACGCUUUCACACUCCCAAUCAUGAUGGUCCCUGGUCUGGAUCUAUUCCUUUGCAGGCUGUAGAAUUUGUCAAUGGAUAUCAAAAUUCUUGGCUUGUCAAAAGUUAGUUGUUUUUAUUUGUAAUAUAUUUCACAUGAUUUAAAUGAUAUAUUAAUUUAUCAUUAUUAAUUUAUAAUUAGUUCCAAAGAAAGAUAAUAUGAAGAAAUAUCGCAGUAUCUGGUGUCGCUUAAUUGUAGAAAAUAUUAACAAAAUACCACGUCUGUUGGUAUGUAGUAAUAUUAUUAACAUUUAUUUUGUGCUACAAUUUUUUUUUUUAAAUUUAGAUUUUGUUAAUGCCAAUGUAUGUCAUUCGUUCAUAUUUACCUUAUGAAACUUUGUUGAACUUUGAAUUAGUGGAUAAUAAAUUAGAAUAUAACACUAUUAUACAAACUAAAUCUUCCAUUGCCGUAAAUGAUGUACAACAUAUUGAUUUGCCUGGUACCAUGAAAGAUAUUUAUAAUUUAACAAUGAAAUUGAAGUUAGUCAAUUAAUAUACCUAUUAUAUAAAUUUAGCUAAAGUAAUAUUUAUAUUAUAAAUUUAAAAACAUUAUAUUAAUUUUAGUGAAAAAUCUUCAGUAUCUAUUCCACCAGUAUCUAUAACAUAUUAUAUGGAUAUUGAAAAACCUGAUUCAAAUAAUGACAUCUAUUUUACUAUUGAAGAUCUUCUAAAUGGAAAAUUUUCAAAUAUGGAUUCUGAUCUACAGUGGCCAUUUAUUGGUAAUCAUUAUGCAAGCAUAAAAUGGAAACAAUGUGAUUUACCAGAUACUCAAACUACUGUUAAAGUAAAAUUUAUAGUAAUUAUAUUUUGCAUUUUAAUGUUUAAAUAAAAGCUUUAUAUAGUUUUAUAUAGAGUCCAGAAUUGAACUUACAUGGUUACAAAUAUACAAGAUUUAUCAAAGCUUAUAUUACAGUAUAAUGUUUCAUGAAAUACUUAGGUGGCCCUCACACUGGAACAAAAGGCAACUAGCAAUAAGCAAAAAUAUUUCCAUUAGAUUAUUCUCGUACAAUAUGAUCUCGUAGAUAUUAAUGAAUAUUCUCACAUCAAAGCAAUAUGAUAUUGCUAGUGGCGAACUUCUUGGCAUUACGACUGGUCAAUAUUUAUUGCCAGUAUUGAACAUUAUUUUAAUAAAUAAUAAUAACAUAGUACAUGUUCGGGAUAAUUUUGAUUUAUUGUUCUUAUCAGAUGAUGACAUAAUUUCUACUAUGUUGCUAGUUGUCUAUUGUCUAUUGCUUCAGUGUGAGAGCCGCCUAAUUUGUUCAAAAACUGACUUUGGUAAAAAGUUUUUAGUAUCAUAUGUUUUAAAAUGUUACAUUAUCCUUAUUUGUACCAUCCUUAUUUAUAAGGUCAAAUAACUGCCCACUUUUGAUUUUUAAAUAGCAACUUUUAUAUUAUAAAUAAAAGGAAUAUUAGUUUAAAUACAUUUUUGUGUUGACAUUAUUAUUUUUACCUACUCAUUGGCAAGAUAUUUUACUUUUAAGUUUGAGUAGAGGUAAAAUAGUGAAGCACUAUUCAAACACUAUGGGUAUCAAUUUCACUCAAAUGAUAUUCCAUUAAAAAGUAGGUAAAUAGUCGUUUCACCCCCAAAAGUAAGGAUAAUGUAACAUUUUAGAAAUAUAUGAUUCUAAAAAGUUUUUACAUUAGUCAUUUUUAAAAAAUUAAUAUUUCAUAGAAAAUUUAAUAAAUCUUGUACAAACAAAACUUAUUGUGUAUUUACUGAUAAUAAAUUAAGAAAAAGGUAAAAAAUGUGUCUUUAAACUGUAAAUUUAUAUAAAUUUAUAUUAUGUACAAAAAUAUGUGAAUAAUUUUAUAAUUUAUGUUUUAUUAUACAAUAAUUGUAAUAUAGGUGCAACAUUAUGGCCAUCUUGAUCACAAUAAUGGUUUAAGCCGUGUUAUUAUUGUUCAACCCUGGGCAUUAAUAGUCAAUACAUCUGGUCAAAUAAUUACAUUAUGCAAUUCUACUGAAACACUCUGCACUUUGGAAAAUUUUGGUGUUGUAGCACCUCCCAUUAUUGAAGUAUGUUUCUGUUUAUAAGGUAUUUUCUACUUAAAUAAAAUCUUAAGCAUAUAUUGAUAGUUUAAUUCAGAAACAUCAAUAUAAAUUCCAUUUAUUAUUUUUGUUGCAUUUUGUUGUAAGUUGCCUCCUAAAUAUUUUGUGCCGUUUUUUUUUUAUAAAACUAAAAAUUUAAUAUCUUUCUCUCGUCUCUUCUAAGUUUUAUGUUUUUUUUUUACUGUAUAAAUAUAUUGCUUUUAUUUAUUUUUUUUAAUUUAAUAGAAUACAUUUUAUAUUGAUGUAAAUAUAAAUUUUACUUCUCAUCGAUCACAACCACUUCAAUUUUCUAAUAGUCAGUCAUUCUAUAUGCCUCAAGUCAAUGGAUUAAUUCCUUUAAGAGGUCAUACAUCUGUUGUCAUAAACUGUAAAAAAAAUGUAAGAUCAUUAUUGUCUAAUUACCUACUUAUAUACUUAUUGAAAUAUUUUAAUGCCUAAGAAAUUUAAUUUAGAUUGGUUAUUUAAACAUUUUUUCUUCGGAUCAUAAUAAUAUGAGAAUCGUGCAUAUUCAAAGUUUAUAUAUUGCCUCAAAUAAUAGUUCAAUCGACUUAAAAGUAUUAGCAGUAUGUGCUGUACCAUCUAAUGGCGUUUUGGAUAUUCCAGAAAACAUUGAUGAAUACUCUGUUGAUUUGCCUAAAAACUUUAAUGAACUGUAAGUUUUUAACUUGACAUUACUAAUUACAUUAUUUAACUUGCUAAUGAGUUAAUUUAAAAUUUAGUAUCAUAAUUUCUAAAUACAUUGAUGUAGAAAUAUUACUGAGUAAAUAAUUUAGCAAGACAUUGAAAUAGUAUGUUAUAUCAUAACAAGAGAUUAUAAACAUUAAAAAAGUGGUGAAAGGUUAAUAUUUUAAAAUAUUUUAUACUAUGAAAGAACUAUCAUUUAACUCCUUUAGAAUUGUACUAAAUUCUAAAUAAUAUUAAUACUAUAAUAUAAAUCACUGUUAGGCGGUAGACAGAAAAAUAGAAUAGACACUGAGCGUAUCUCUGAGAGAUGAGAAUGAAUGAGUGACAGGAGAAGAUAGGACAAGAAAUGAAUACAUAAAUAGCACUUAAAAGAAUACAUAAAUGUGGUUUGAUAGUAGACAAAAUGAGAGAAAAUAAACUAAGACUGUUUAGACAUGCCAUGAGCGAAGAGGAAUCAGAAACACUAAUAAUUGUAAUAAAAAUAAAUGUAAGAGGAAAGAGGAAGAUCAAAAGAGCAGUGGUUAGAUGCGAUUGAGAAUACGAGGACGCCGGGUGCAUGAGAGAAAGAUUAGGGAAACGAGUUAAUUGAAAUUUUAGAAUGAGGGUAAAUAACCCCAAAUAGUUGGGAUGAAGGCAAAGGAGGAGAAGAAGAAAAAGAUCUUCUCCUCAAGUUCACCACAAAUAAUAAAGGAAUGAUCAUUUUAUCUAGAUAUUCUUAGCUUUAAAUUGUUGGUAUUAUCUUAGAGAAAAAACUGAGGAAUACAAUAAUUUAAAAUGUAUUAUCAUCUAUUAAAUAAUUUUGUAUUGCUAUACAGGUUGCUCUAAUUAUGUUGUUUGAGAGUAAGAGUAUAAAAUAUCCAUAACUGUAGUAUACAAUUUGAAAUACCUGUAUAAUUAAUUAAUUUACUGAGUUAUUUUAAUAUCAAAUGAAAUAAAUGUGUUUUUCUUUUCUUAUGAACAUAAAUAAUAAUAUAAUUAUGAUUUAAAAUCAGUCUAAUUUUAAAGAAUCAGAAAACUCUAAAUAAAAUUAUAAAUUAUAUUAUUUUUGAAAAAAUGUACAUACUUUUUUAUAACUCAUUAUUUCAAUUAUAUAAAUUACAUAGUUUUUAAUGUAUUUUAGGGGUAAACCAUUGACAUUAUGGACAUUGAUUGGAAGAGAAACUGUAACAAAUGAUGAAUUAGUUCAAUACUUAAUAUUAAUAUCUCAAAAUAAUAUUAGUUGUCCUAUUAAAUUAACUGAUCUAAAGAAUGAAGAGCGCCCAUUGCCUGUUUUAUUUUCAAGUUGUGAUGUAAAUCCAUUAAUCUGUGUUACAUUACAAGAAUUGGAUAACCAAUAUUUUUUCACUGUAUACAAUCAGCCAUAUCCACAAGUCAUUCUUUACAAUUAUUGUCCAGUAUCAUUGACUAUUGCUUUAACUAAAAAAUCCAAGUCAAAAUAUAAGUCUAAAGAACCAAUACCGUUUUCAUUUGAUUGGAAUUGGACAUACAGGAUAACCUCUGGAAAUUAUUCUUACCUAUCUUUUCCAUACUCUGUAUCAUCCAAACAAUUUCCUGGAGUAUUAAUAGGACUAGAUAAAAAACCUUUUAAAGGUAAUUUUUAUUAAUCAUUUUGAGGUCCUAAUAUUUUUUAACUAACGUAAAUAUAAUUUUUUAGGUUGGUUUGCAAACAUAGAGUUGAGCGUUUGUGAAAGUAGAUUAGUGUCAGUACCUGGUCAGAUGAAUGAUAUAAAAGUAUCAAUAACAAAAAGAGCAUUUACCUUAGAUGUAAUUUUUAAACCGGCUGCACAAUUUGAAUUUUCAGCUAAUGAAGUACGAUUAAGAUUGGCUAAUUGUAAACAAUUUAAAGGUAAUUUAUUAAUCAAAAAAAUGUACACAUUAAAUUUUUAAAUUAUAUUAAAUAUUAUCUAAAGACUAUUUUAUUUAUACUAAAUUUUUUCUAACUAUUCUAGAUACUACUUUGUCAUCAAAUAAUGAAUUAUUGAAUAAUGUGAGAAACGAGUAUAUUCGUACUCCUACAAAUUCUAUACAAAAUAUAAUUUCAACAAAAAUUUAUAGUAAUUAUUUUUAUUGUUACAAUUGUGUUUUUCUGUUUAAAUUUAAUUUUAAUGUGCAAAUUAUUGUUGAAAUUUUGUAGGGCUUUGGCCAUCAAUAAAAUGUCAUAUUCAUACAUUUAUAUUUACAUUAUUUGUUGAUGACAUUGGAUUCAAUUCAAAGGCUGUAAUUUCAAUGACAUUGGAUAAUAUAGCAGCAACUUUAGAUGAGAAUCAGGUAAAUAUUUUUUGAAAAUGUCUUGUCACAUUUUGUUUUAUAAUAAUGGGAUACAUUUAAUUAAUUUUAGAUUCUGAGCGAUUCUAGUCUGUGGACACGUUUUAUCCUAGUAAACUUGCUCCAAUUUUUACAUGUAGCAACUUUUCUAAAGUUCAAGUUGUCUAUAUUGUACAUUAGGUUAUUUUAAUUUUCUACGCUAUUUUUAAAUAAAAGUACUCAAGUGGGUAUAAAACAUAGAAAAAGGUACAAUUUCAUGAUUUAAUUAUUUUAUAAAAACACGGACAUUUUCUUCCAGAAAAAAUGAAUUAAUCGAAAAAUAACAAGAUACCUUUUUUGUCGCCUUUUUGGUUUACUUUCUUACUGUAUCAUUGCUCAAAACUUUGAACUUUUAAGGGAUUUUAAUUUUUAGUAAUUUUUUUGCUGCAAUUCGGUUAUAAAAAUACAUGUAGAGACUUGAAUAAUUGAAACUUGGCAAUAAUAAUUGUAUUGGACUUACCUAGACGUGGUAAAAUUUCCAAAAUUGUUGGCGGACUUUUUUUUUUUUAAUAAGUGUUUUGAAAUCAAAUUUUAAAUAAAAAUCGUAAAAAAAAUAUGGUACUUCAAAUUAUGUAUUACUGAACGGCGCUCGGAAUUUUGUCAGGCAAUGGUUUAUCAUUGCUUACAGAUAUAAAUUAAAUAAUCUUAUGAAUUCUUUUUCAACUUCUCACCUACAAUAGUGGCCGCUCCUAUCCCCAGUAAAAAAAAAAUAUUAUUUAAAUUUUUAUAUGAUAAUUAUUUAUUUUCACGCGAUAAAGAAGUAUGGCGUUUAGAAUUGCAUAAUUUCCUAACUACAUGACAGGUACAUUUAUUUGUUUUACAUUUUGUCUUACAGUGACAUCUUAGAUAACCUUAUGUGCCCAUAAGACUAUAACAGACUACAGCUUUUCGAAAUGUUAUCUCUUUUCCUCCUAUGAUUCAAGAAGAGUUUUGAGAUCUAACAAAAUUUCUUUGCAUGUCAUAAGUUGAAAUUUCGUGUACUUGUGUUUUAGAAAACCAUUUUCGGUGCCUUAUUCAAAUAUAAAUACAUCACAAAACCCUACGUUAGUAAGCCGCACUAAGCUUAUUAAUAUUCCCACUAUAAUACUAUCUAUCAUCAUUAAGAUAACUAAAUUUUUCACUGACUGUAAAAAUUGUCGAUAAUCAACCAAACAAAUAAUAAAUAAAAAUAUAAACUGGUUUGUUAGGUAACUAAUGUCAUUUACUAGAAAAUAACAUUAUUUUGCUUUAUUACAUCAUUUACUGUACCAUAUACAAGUAAAACAUUAAUUUUAAUAGUUCAUCACAAACAUUUAUUUUAUUUUUAUAUACCUAUUUAUUGUUCAUUAUACUACAAGUAUUUUGAAUAUUAAAAUAAUGAUGAUAAUAAUAAUGAAAUAAAUUUUACCAUUCUAAUGUUUAAUUAAAAUAUUAAGCCCCUUCAAAAUUAAAUUAAAUUGGUAAAUUUAGUUAUCUAAAAGCCUUUGUGCCGAAAAUUAUGUUUUAGUUAUUAUAUUAUGUAUAUAUCAUGAUUAUUUGUGUUAGUUAUUUUUUUUAUAAAUUACUAAAAUAUUUUUUUAAAAUAUAACAUUCAAAUAAUUAAAUUUAUUUUAGGAUGCUUCAAAAGAAGAAAUGAAUCUCAUUAUUUCAAUAAAUAACAUUCAAAUUGAUAAUAAUGCAUUUAUUGAUGGACAUUAUGAUUUUCCUGUGGUACUAGUUAGACAAAAAAACCAUUUUGAAGAUGUUUAUUAUGAUACUAGUUUCUUGAAACCAUUGACAAAUAUAAUAAAUGAUUUAAGACUAUUAGAUUCCGCUUUUAUUUUAAAAUUCACUUUAGAUAAAGCCUAUCAUUCAACACCAGGUAUUUAUGAUUUAUUUAAUAUUAUUAUAUGUAGGUACCUAUUAAUUUGCAAAAAAAAAUUAUUAAGACACUUUUCUGUUUUUUUUUUUUUUUUCAGUAAUUUUGGAUCUAGAAAUAACUUUACUUACAUUUGAAGCAUUUAUUGAAGAUCGCUAUUGUUAUUACAUGUUAGAAAUAUUGAAAAAUUUUAAAUCAACAGUAUCUUCUACCAAAGAACAUCUUAACAUUGAUGGAUUUAUUCCACUAAAUUACUUAGUGUUAGCACAUUCCCAAGAAUAUCGAAAUCCUUUAGUAUUUAGAACAUUUACAAUAAAACCAUUUAAAGUGAUGAUAAGUCUACAUACAUCAACAACAUUUUAUGUGGCUCUCGAUCGAUCACCUUUAGAUUUUACUGAGUUUUCAAAAACAAAUCUAAUAGCUUCGUCUUAUCAACUUGGUCGUAGUUUAUCAUUGCAUUAUUUUUUAAAUGCAAUAUAUGGAACUGGGUGGGCAUUAGGUUCAUUAGAAUUCUGGGGCUCUCCUGGAGGUCUAGCUAGAUCUGUUGGAACUGGCUUGUAUGAUUUUGUAACUUUAUCUGCUCAAGGCAUGGCAGAAGGACCAAAAGAAUUUUUUGUUGGUGUUUUAAGUGGAUCUGCAUCACUAGUUAAGCAUGUUACAACUGGAGCAUUAUCAUCAGUAACAAAAUUUGCAUCUAGUUGGUCAAGAACAUUUAAUCGAUUAACUCUUGAAGCUGAAGAUUUGGAACAAAUUGAAGAAAUUAGACGUUUACGACCACAAAAUUUGUCACAAGGAAUUAUACAAGGCCUUAGUGAAUUUGGGAUUAGUUUAUUGGGAGCAGUUGGUGGUUUAGUUAAUCAUCCAAUUCAAUAUGCAAUUCAAGAGGGUCGAGAAAGAAAACGAGGAUUUGUCAAUACUGUGGCUAUAGGAUUAGUUGAAGCUAUUACCAAACCAAUCAGCGGAGCUGCGGAAUUAGUAGCAAUGACGGGUGAAGGAUUUUUAGCAGGUGUGGGUUGGAUUAAAACACCACAGGUAAAUAAUAUGUAAACAUACUAUUUGUAUUAUAUUCUAUUGUAAAGGUCAUUUUUUUUUUAUUUGUUACACACAGUGUUUAAAUUAAUUUUUACAGUAAAUGUAUGAGAUUACAGGCAGGUUUAGCAUACUAGUGUAUAAAAUUAAAUUAAUCAUUAUUUAAUUACAAAUAUUUUUUUUUUUUGUUUUUGUUUAGUUACGCUCAAGUCUCAGCAAUAGUGAAAUAGGAUUUGGUACAUCUGAACUUCGAUAUUCCUGGUUAAUAUUAAAUAAACAUUUGAGUCCAAUAGAGCAAGUAUUAUUAACUUGUGAUGCAUCAAUGGAUAAUUUUGACCAUGAACAGAAGUUUUUAGAAUUAACGUUGGUUUUAACAGAUAGAUUUUUAUAUUUAAUUAAAAAUCCAAAUUCUAUGUUACCCAAUGUACUACACUUUCCAAUAACUCAAAUCGUCACACCAAGUCAACGACACCAGGAUCCUUCAUUAAUUACAAUAACUAUUCGUAUGUCAGCACAGGUACCUAAUAAAUGGGGGUAACAUAUACUUUAAAAUAAAAUUAUUCUAUUUAUUUUUAAUUAAUGCAUGUUUAAUAACCAACAGAAUGAUACAACAUAUGCUCGAGUAGCUGACUAUGUGCGUAAAUCACAAAGUUUUUUAAAUAUGGAAUCAAAAACUAUAUCAGAUCAAACACAUAAAUUAUUGGUCAGCCCACAGUUGAGAAAUCAUAUUUUAAAUUCAAUUGAAUUUCUCAAACGACAUAUUCAAAAUAAAGGAUAUGCAGUAAUAUAA